CUUUAAAAAAAAAAACCAUAAAUUUUACUAAAAAAAGGAAAAGAACAAAAAAAGAAAGAAAUUUUAGGGUUUUUUCUGAUCAGUUAAAUUAAGAAAGAUGGCAAGCUCAACAAGGGCAUCAUCAAGAACAAGAGUUGGAAGAUAUGAACUGGGAAGAACACUUGGUGAAGGGACUUUUGCAAAAGUCAAAUUUGCAAGGAAUGUUGAAACUGGUGAGAAUGUUGCUAUCAAGAUUCUUGAUAAAGAAAAAGUUCUUAAACAUAAGAUGAUCACUCAGAUCAAACGUGAGAUAUCAACUAUGAAACUAAUCAGACAUCCGAAUGUGAUUCGUAUGUAUGAGGUUAUGGCAAGCAAGACUAAAAUAUACAUUGUUUUGGAAUUUGUAACCGGUGGUGAACUAUUCGACAAAAUUGCAACUAAAGGCAGACUCAAAGAAGAUGAAGCAAGGAAGUACUUUCAGCAGCUAAUUAAUGCAGUUGAUUACUGCCAUAGUCGUGGUGUUUUCCAUAGAGAUCUCAAGCCUGAAAAUUUACUGCUGGAUGCAAGUGAAUGUCUCAAGGUUUCUGAUUUUGGAUUGAGUGCACUGCCACAACAAGUUAGAGAAGACGGGUUACUACACACGACUUGUGGAACACCAAAUUAUGUUGCUCCUGAGGUAAUCAACAACAAGGGUUAUGAUGGAGCUAAGGCAGAUUUAUGGUCAUGUGGCGUAAUCCUUUUUGUUCUUAUGGCUGGAUACCUGCCUUUUGAAGAGUCAAACCUUAUGGCUUUAUAUAAGAAGAUAUUUAAGGCGGAAUUCACGUGUCCUCCUUGGUUCUCCUCAAGUGCAAAGAAGCUAAUUAAAAGGAUUUUGGAUCCUAAUCCUGUGACGCGAAUCACAACGGCUGAAGUCAUUGAAAAUGAAUGGUUCAAGAAAGGAUACGUGCCCCCUAGUUUUGAACAAGAGGACGUUAGUCUUGCUGAUGUGGACGCUAUUUUCAAUGAAGCUGGGGAUUCUCCAGUACUUGUUGUGGAGAAUCGAGAUGAACGUCCUGCUCAACCUGUCACUAUGAACGCUUUUGAGCUUAUUUCUAAGUCUCAGGGCCUCAACCUCAGUACCCUCUUUGAAAAACAGAUGGGGCUUGUCAAGCGUGAAACAAGAUUUACAUCCAAAUGUCCUGCUAAUGAGAUUAUUUCAAAAAUAGAAGAGGCUGCUACACCUUUGGGAUUUGAUGUUAAGAAAAACAAUUACAAGUUAAAACUUCAAGGUGAAAAGACUGGUCGAAAGGGUCAUUUAUCUGUUGCAACAGAGAUUUUCGAAGUGGCACCAUCACUGCACAUGGUAGAGGUACGAAAAUCUGGAGGUGAUACUUUGGAGUUUCACAAGUUCUACAAGAACCUUUCAACUGGAUUGAAGGAUAUUGUAUGGAGGAAUGGGGAUGAGGCAGAAGGGGAUUUGAAUGGUGCUACUGCAUUGCCACCUUCAAAAUAAGAGUCGGGAUGAUAGGUUGAAUCAAAUUGCCUGUCUUGUGCUGUUAUCUGUCACUUUGGAAUUUCUUUGUACAAUAGAUUGACCCCCAAACUUUGGUUUUGCUUGUUCAUUUCUACAUUACAUCUUCUUAACUUAAAAAUUAAAAUAUCAAAUGUAAUACUGUUCAGACUGUUAAA